GGCUGCUGGUCUCCUUUUUUUAACAGGGUACGGGGACUGGUCGCUUGUUCAUAUAUAUAUAUAUAUCAUUUGAAGAUAUAUAUACAUAUAUAUCACUGGAAGAAGGUCCAGAGAGGGAAUAAAUUUAUAGAUAUUAUAGAGGAAGAGAUUUAAAUUACACAAAAGAAAGAAAAUGGCUCCUGUUUCAUUGCCACCUGGUUUCCGAUUCCAUCCCACGGACGAGGAGCUCGUUUCUUACUAUCUCAAAAGAAAGAUCAACGGCCGAAAGAUUGAUCUCGAGAUCAUCCCUGAAGUUGAUCUCUACAAGUGUGAGCCGUGGGAUUUACCGGGAAAGUCACUACUACCAAGCAAGGAUCUAGAAUGGUAUUUCUUUAGUCCCAGGGAUCGGAAAUAUCCAAACGGAUCAAGAACGAAUCGAGCAACAAAAGCCGGGUACUGGAAAGCAACAGGGAAGGAUAGAAAGGUGAAUUCUCAAGCACGAGCUGUAGGAAUGAAGAAAACUCUCGUGUACUAUAGAGGUCGUGCACCUCAUGGUGCUCGAACGGAUUGGGUCAUGCAUGAAUAUCGUCUCGAUGAAAGGGAAUGCGAAACUGCUUCCGGAUUGCAGGAUGCGUAUGCCCUUUGCCGGGUGUUCAAGAAAAACACACUUGUGCCCAAGAUUGGAGAGCAUUUCUCCACAACAAAGAUUGAUCAAGUAACUAGUGAACACUCCUCAAGCAUGGAACUUUACUCGGAAGGAAGAUGUGAUGAUCAUUUGGAGAGUCCAGGGUAUUCUAUUCCAGUGGAAACAUGUACACCCCAAAUAGCCAAUGGAUCUUUUUCGGAGCCGUCCGAUCAUGAUGAUCAUAAAUGGACUCAGUUCUUGUCAAAUGAUGCAUUUACCUUCUCGACUCCUUCAUUUUCAAACUACACGUCAACAAUGCAAUACCCUCCAUCAAAGGUAUGUAAUUCAGAAUAUCAUAAUGCCAAUUUAGGUUUUAAUGAUGAUUUUUCUCUUAAUUUUGUUAAUGAUGAUACGAGUGAUCAGAAAUAUUUAGACGACGGAAAUAUGAAUGAGCUGACAAGUUCUCCAAGUUUUGAGGUGGUUGAGGAAAUUAAAGUUAAUCACGGAAUGUUUGUUUCUAGUCGCCAAGUAGCCAAGACAUUCUUUCACCAAAUAGUGCCUUCAGAGACAGUGAAAGUUCACCUAAAUCUAGCAACAAUAUCGCCAGCUAACUUAUCAUAUUCUAUACAUAAAGUAGAAAAGAAAUUAAGGUUUGAUAGUAAAGAUGAUUUUUCAAAGAAUUUCAAGUCAUUCAGAAGAUGGAAGUUUAUAAGGAUCAUCGAAUCGAUAAAGUCAUGGGGAAAGAUAUCAAGUGUUGUUGCUUUCACUAUUGUGCUUCUCUUGAUGCAUUGUUUUUAUAUCGGAGAAGACAUUGUAGAGAAGAAUACUUACUUGAUGGAUGAUCAUGACAAUCUACGAGAAAAAGAUGGGUUUAAGAAGAACAUUAACAUGAAUAAGUGGUAUCAAGGAAUUCAAUGCAAUGUCAACGGAAGUUCGACAGAGGACUUGGUUGCGAGUUGUAAUGUGUACAUGAAGAAAUUAGGGCUUGUGCUUGCUGUUGCUUUGGCACUUUGUGGGAUGUGGGUGAACAAUAAUAUCAUAUAACUUUAGUUUUAAAACUUAAUUAUUGGGUUUUAAUUUUUCUUAUUUAUUCAUUUAUUAAUUAGGUGAAAGGGUAACCAGUCUCCUUAAAGAUUCCAGGCACAACUUAG